AUGAGUGGUGAGUUUGAAGUGGAAAUGCUCCUCCUCACGGAAAACGAGUCAGAUUAGUAUUAUCGCCUUCCUUGAAGCGGCAUCUCGCUUCGCUUUCACUUUAUAUACCUAGAAAAGAAUGAAUUUAUUCCGUCAUAUUCCACUGAGCAACUCUCAGCUUAACGGCGUCAACCAUGGUAAUUUUCUUAGCGAUUUAUAGUGAGAAAUUGAGAAAAGCUUUUAGUUUUAUGGAUGAGAACGUUUUGUUUUUCAUUUCUUUUCAAACUCGGUCCCCAGAAAUCAUGAACUUCUUCGCAAACCUUCGAUUUUUCCAUGAUUCCCUAGAUCAUUUUAACUCGAGUGAGUGAUUUUUGAUUAGUGAAUUUUUUUUUUCGACUAAUAAUAAUAAUAAUUGAAAAUAUUUUUCUUUGAAAAAAUCACCUGUAAGCACAAAACGUAGAUUUUUAUUUUCAGCCCUUUUCCAAGAAAUCAAAGGCCGUCAACAAGACUUCAUGAAGGCGUUCAAUGCCGGAGAUGCUGCUGGAGCGGCGUCUGUCUACGAUCCGGAUGGCUACUUCAUGCCGAACGGACGUAACCCGGUGAAGGGACGCUCUGGUGAGGACACAUGGCGCAUCGGCCGUUCAAAUCUGUGUUACUGGUCGGGAAGAAGAGGGAAACAUUGUUACUUCCAAUACAGUCUAGUUUCCUGCAAUCGUAAAAUAUUCUGGUAAAAGAGACGAAGAACGACAUCAGCGAUUAUUGUAUUUGAAUGUUUCAAUUUGAUCUAUCAGCUGUUUAGAUAGAAGUUGAGAAAAAUAAGUCAAAAUGGAGCAUCGGUCUCAUAUUUUCAAGAAGAACUGUCGCAGUGCAUACAUACAUAGAAGCGGCGAAUCCAAAAACCUAAAUGACAUCAUACACAAACCUUCACCUUCAGGAAUCGAGGCCUACUUCAAAGAGGAUAUGGCCGAUGGAGUUCAGACCGCUCAAGUAGGUCCUUCUCAAGUGGCUCAACCCUUAUAUUCAUUUCAGAUCAUCACCGAAGAAGUGAACGGCGGCGGUGACUGGGCUUUCGAGAGAGGAAGCUAUCACUUGGAUGGGACCAAGGGAAGAGAAUCUGGAGCUUACCUCCAGAUCUGGAAGAAGGUUGAUGGCGUCUGGCUCAUCCACAAUGACUGCUUCAACGUCAUCAAGAAAGCUUGCUAA